AUGUCUUCUCAAGACUCCACUCCUUCAACAAUCCAUAUUCUUCCAACACCAUCAUCAUCAUUGGAAACAAACACGAUGAACCAUUCAUCAUCUUCAAAUUUAAGACCUGAUUCAAAGCCUUUCCAACCAUCCUCCCAAAAACAACGAUCUUCUUUUAAAAAGCACACACCCAAGCAUGAGCCUAUUCAUUCCGAUGAACAACCACAGCUGCCAUUAACCAAUGAUAACAACAACAAUGAAUCUUCAUCAUUAUCUCGCAAUAAUAAUAAUCAUCAAAGACCACCUCGAAGUUCGAGAGGAGGUUUCUCUCAAAAGUAUGUGAAAAAGGUUGUACCACAAGAGACUCUUCCAUCGUGCACCAUCCAUAAUGAUGAUACGACUUCUACAGACAAGAGUACUCUUGAUAAUACUCAACAAGCAAAAUCUUCAUCACAAAAGAGAAGUUCCUCCCAAAAACAACGACCUUUCUCUCAGAGUACUCUUGCCACUUCGCAAGAGGUUCCUACUGCUCCUUCUCACGAAGAGGAUCAUCAUACAGAACAAUAUUCAUCGCACCACAAGUCUAAAACAUCUAAAUUCAAACAGAAAAUUUCUCAACCAGCAGUGAAAACCAAUGAACCAGUCACUUCACAUAAAAAAGAAUCAAAACAUGAGAGAAAAGGUCAAAAGGCAUUCAAUCCAAAAAAAGGUGCUCCCCAACAACCACAACAACAACAACCAUCACAACCAUUGGAUGCAUCAUCCAUGACCUUGCAGAAUACUACCCCUGUAUCAACAACACCCUCUUCGGAACACCAACACCAACAACAACAACACCAACAACGUAGAAAAAAGAAAUUUCAAAAUCAUCCUUCCUCUCAAAAUCAAGAUGAGGAAGAUGAAAUGUUUUGGUCUCACUCCUAUGAUCGUGAACAAUUGAAAAAGAGAAACUUUACCAUGAAAGGGGUUGAUGCAUUUUCUUCGCUUCCUUCGUCUUCUUCCAUCCGUGAAUCUUCCAAUCGUUCCUUUAAAAAAUUGAAAAAUCGAACUCUCUCCGAUGAACAAGUCUCUGCACUCUCUCUUCACGAUCGUUUAAUUUAUGAAUUAACAAAACAAACCUAUACAUGUCUGAUUUGUAGAGAUACUAUUGCAAGACAUCAUGCCACAUGGUAUUGUCAAGAUUGUUUUGGAGUUUUUCAUUUGAAUUGUGUUCAAAGAUGGGUCAAGGAAAAGAUUGAAGAUGAAGAUCGAACGUAUUGGAAAUGUCCUGCAUGUCAAUCUUCUCUCAUUUCAGCCAUUCCCACAGAGUACAAGUGUUUUUGUGGAAAGAUGACCAAUCCUAAAGCUUCAAAUUUGGAAAUUAUUCCACACUCGUGCGGUGAAAUUUGUGGUAAAAUUCACAAACCAUGUUCUCAUCCAUGCACAGAGUUGUGUCAUCCAGGUCCAUGUCAUGAAUGUCAAUUACAACGAGAUUUAACAUGUCAUUGUGGAAAGGAACAUUAUUAUCGUGUAAAGUGUAAUGAUCCAAAAUUCGCAAAUGGAAUCUCGUGUGGAAAAGUCUGUGGUCGAUUAUUGUCAUGUCAAAAACAUUAUUGUCCCAAAGUGUGUCAUGAAGGUGAAUGUGAGCCAUGUCAUAAUUUAAUUACAGCUCAAUGUUACUGUGGAAAGACACUUGUACAGGAUGCACCUUGCCAUGUUUAUUCUCAUCUCAAUGCAGAUAUUUCUCAUCGACAUUUUAAUCGAUUUGAUAUUUUGAAGAGAACAGCAGAAAAUGAUUUGAAUUCUCGUAUUGAAAGUGUUUGGAACAAUAACACUUCAAAGAACACGGAUCUAGUAGUAGUACAACAAGGUUUGCCCUCACAAGAAACUCAUGCAUUGCACUUACUUGACAAUGAUCUUGUUUAUCGAACAUUUAGUUGUAAACAAGUAUGUAAGCACAAAUUACCGUGUGGACAACAUGAGUGUGAUCGUCCAUGUCAUUACGGUCGAUGUAUUGGACAUAAACGAUCGGAAUGGAAUGUUAAACCCACCUCUACUAUGAAUCAAAGCUCCUCCGAAGAUGAUGAAGAGGGUAUUGAUGAAUAUAUUAAGAGAAUGGGAUGUUAUCAACAAUGUAGAAAGACAUUGAAAUGUGGUCAUUUGUGUACUUUGAAAUGUCAUCCAAAUCGAUCAGAAUGUAUGAAAUGUAAUAAUCUAGUCGAUUGGUAUUGUAAAUGUGGUAGAAAGUAUGAAAAGAGACCAUGUUCAGGCAGUACAGUAUCUGCACAAGAUUUAUUUUUAGAGUGUGAUGAUGAAUGUAGAAAAUUAUUACGUAUCAAACAAUUAGCAGAUGCAUUCAAGGUAGAUUAUGAGAAAUUUGAAUUACCUCAAUACUCUCAAGAAUUGAUUGAUUUUGGUACAAGAUAUCUACACGUCAUUAAGAAUUGGGAAUUUGAAUUUGAUAGUUUACUCGUCAGUGAUGUGAAAGGAGCUUGUAAACAAUUUGCACCCAUGAAAAGAGAUCGAAGAGCAUUAUUGCAUGAAUUGAGUGAACAUUACAAAUUUACGAGUGUAUCUGUCGAUGCAGAGCCAUUUCGAUCGGUCAUUGUUACCAAAACUCAACAAUCGAAACGACCAUCCAUUGUAUUGUCAGAUGUGAUUAGCGAUCCUGAAAAGUUACGAAAAUUGAAAGAAAAAAUGGAAGAACAAGCUGAAAAGGAAAGACGAGAAGAGAUGAAACGUUUGAAAAAGAAGGAAUCUGAAUGGAUGGAUGCACAACAACAACAACAACAACAGGAAUUGGAAGAUCACGAGCAAGGAAGUACUAGUUUGACAUUGGAUUCAAUGAGCUGCAAAUGGAACAUUGGUGAUCGCAAUGCUUCAGAGGUGUUAGCGCAAGAGUCGUUCAGUGAAAAUGACUCUUCUUUCGAUCCCUAUUCGUUUACCUCAAUUCAAGCUGCCAUGAGUGGAAGAAGAAGAGGAAGGACGAACACGGGUGGUGUCAGUUCAGACAGCACUGCUAACUUGGCAGGCAAUGUUGGUGUGAUGGAUAACUCCUUCAGCGCAUUAUUGGAGCACGAUGAGCAUGAUAGUCAUCAAGACAUCAAGGCAUCUCUUUCCAAUGCAACAACAAAUGAAGUAAUGUGGAAGGAAGAGGAUGAAGAUGACACCAAUGUAAAGAGCAUUGAUCUUUAG